AUGGAUGAACAUACGGCCAGUGCUCUACAAUAUGGGCACUUGGGUAAAGCGACAUACCAUCCGGAGACACAGAUUUGGGAAUUUUCCCGGACGUUGGCUUUACCACCUCGUAUAAUUUUCGCUGGGGCAACGAAGACCACUAUCACAUCGCCCCUUACAGCCCCACAAUCAUCACAAAUCGAGAACAAGAGCCUCGUCCCAAAGGUUUACCCCGAGCUUGCAGCUUGCUGGCCACUCAUUGACAAUGAGACUCUCUCCCAUACCGUCACAACGACAAGCGAGAUAUGCGACCCUUUAGUCUCAUCCCUCUUAGACCUGGGGUAUGCAGUGGACCUCGAGAACGAUGAAUCGGGGAGUCGAACUGUCCCGAUCGCAGUAGUUGCGUCCGGCGAGUGUGGCAAUGCCAUUUCCUUAUAUAAACUGAACGAAGAUUGGGUGGACUUGAAGCUAGGUACAACAGUCCCUAUGCGUGUCCCCUCUAUUGAGGGAACCGGAAGUGCCGAGUGGUGUGCACGAGGCGCGCCUGUUCGCCAGAUAUGUUUUGCGCGCACCGUGGAAGAGAAACCAACGUGGAUGGCGGUCCGAUUUCCUCAUUCUACCUUGGUGUUCCGGCCACUCUAUCAUAGGCGGCCUAUUCCUGCUCACAUAUGCCACAAGAGCAAUCAGAUGUUGCCAAGUAGCUCCCGUGAUACCCGUCUAGAUGCAAACCCAUUGGUGGAAAUAUCCAAUUCUCAAACUGGCGGCUCUGCACAUGCAGCCGUGACUUUCAAUCCUUGGUACCAGAAGCAAAUCGGCAUUGUUGAUGAGCGGGGAAACUGGGGCAUUUGGGAGAUAUCUGGUCGCCACAGACAGAAUAAAGGUAAUUGGACUGUUGAACGCGUCAAAUCUGGCGCACUACCAUGGCUGGAUCUUGGUGACAGCCACGAUAUAGACGGUUAUCCUCGACAUGAUGGAUGGGCGGCCAUAGAGUGGGUUGGAGAUGUCAAUAGCUUCAUUGUCUCUGACAGGCGUUGUCCCAUGCUAUAUCGGAUGGAAGACGAUCAGGCAUGCCCCUACCCUAUAGAGCUUGGGCUGAAGAAAAAUUCGGAGUGGAUUUUGGAUGUUAAGCGGAGCUCCUGCAACGCAUCCAGUAUUUUCAUCUUAACGACAUCGCAGGUCUUCUGGCUAGAUGUCAACACUGACUUCGUUGUAGCCGCUAAAGAUGGGAAAAAGCCUUCCCUUUUUCCUCGUUUGUCCUGGCGUCACUUUCGAGAUCCGGAAGACACUACUUUGCGAUUGGCGCAUCUGUCCAUAUAUGAGGACCUCUAUCUUGUGCUGUACUCAAGACUAAGCCACGUUGCACUGGCUUUCCAUUGUCCCACAGUAUUCACCAGCCAUGAAGACAUAGAACCUAUGCCCGAUCCCUUUGUUUUAGAUAUCCCGUUGGGGUCUGAAUAUAACGUCGAGUCUCAACCUAGCCUGGCACAGUUUUCAUCACUCAUUUUCAGAAAUAUCAUGCAUCUACCAUCGACGGCGGGGAGAAGAGAUUGUGAUCCGGGCGUGAAGCUUAUAAAGCUUUUCGUGUUAGACUCACACCUAUCUGUUCAUGAAUCAAUAUAUGUUGGGCCUUCCGAUAACGGUGCUUCAGGUAGGCAAGACGUGGAAAAUGAUAUCAUCCGGUUGAAACGACGCUACGCAACGACACGCCAAGCGCAAUUGCAUUCAUCACAGUCUUACGGGGAUUUCAUAGUUGAUGACUGCGACGAGUCCGUAGGAGGCCCUGGAACGCCUACUCUCCCAGAUACUGGGAUUUCUAAUAUCACACCACUUGCAAUUUCCCAAUGGGCUAUCGACUUCUCGCAGGUUUAUGAGGUUGCAAUUGGGAGACUCGUAGUUUCACCGGGAGGUGAUCCCGGUCAGAGGCAUGAGAAGGGCUUCCAGGAGUCUCUCAAAGAGUUGAAAAAAAAGAUACCUGCAUCUCCAGCGAGCCAAGCGGCUAGUCAGACUCUGCUUGAAAUUCUUGGUCGCAGCUCGUCAUUAGAUGAUGUUGACCAGAAUGCACAGGAUGUCGAGGACUUGCUAUCUGCGCUCUUAACAGAAAAUACAUGCACCCACAGACAUCAACAGCUUGUAGUGCAACUGCCUGGCCCUCUAGAUUUGCGAUCUACCAAGCCUGUUCAAUCGACAGAGUCUUCUAGAUCUGGCUUGAUAGAGAUAUAUGACCAAUCAGUCAAUGAUUGGCUUACCCUAUCCCAUAAUAUACCCAUUCGCGCACGAAUCACGAAGGAAAAAAUCAUCCGAAAUGUUGCAGCUGAUUUUGCCUUGGCACGGGUUGCAGCGCAUAGGAUAGAUUAUGAAUCGAAUGGAACUAAUUCCCAAUCAUCAAACCAAAGAGAAGGCGCGCUAUCAUCCAGUUCAGGAUUUACUUCGGAAUUCAGGAGCGGGAAACAGGCACUCUUCCCGUCUGCCAUACCAGAAGGUGACUGGGGUAGCUUCGCAACCGAAGACCGUGGAACAUCUAAUAAAAAUCCGGGAUUCCUUAACUCAACCCUAGCUGCUUUUACCGAUUUCGAUGGUGAACGAAAACGGUUUGUGUCUCCAAAGGUGGCAAAUAUAUUACAACACUGGCGACCGGGGACAGACCCAGCUACAUAUGACUGGCAAAGAACCGUACAAGCACUGGAACUGGAGGAAUCGCAAUGGGACACUAAGGAUAUGACCCCGAAGCGCAGGUUGAAGAAAAAGAAAGUAGACUCUUUCGCCCCUCGUCCAGCGACAUCAGCAGCGCCUACUGUCCGAGAAUGGGGCAGUCAGCCUGAGAUCAAUGAACAGCCCAUGGUGCGACUUCAGAGCAGUCAGGUCAUGGGAGAUGGCCUUCCUAUGACCCAAGUCGAGCGAGGGGCGUUUGGUGGUCGAGAAGCUGGGAGGAAAAGUACUGUGAAGGCAAAAAAGAAGAAGCGAGCGGCUGGCUUUUAG